AUGAGCCAGCUCGUAAAGAACGUGAUCCCAAAGACAGGUCAACAAGUAACACGCUUAGGAUUUGGUAGCUAUCGCGCUUCUCAACCUGUUCAUGCCGAGGCUUUAAAAAGAGCAUUAGAAGGGGGAGUGAAUAUCAUUGACACUGGCAAUAAUUUCGAAAAUGGUGCGUCCGAAACUUUAAUUGGAAAUACGUUGCAAUCAAUGAAAUUAUCACGAGAGUCUAUCACUCUUGUCAGUAAAUCAGGUUAUUUAACUGCAAAGGAUAUCCAGACACUCGACCAAAAAGACUAUGUACAGUUGAAUGAAAAGAGCUUUCAUUCAGUUAGUCCAAGAGUGAUCGAGAGUCAAAUUGAGUCAUCACUUGAAAGGUUAAAGAUAAAAAAAUUAGAUAUCUUUAUGAUCAAUUCUCCUGAGCGUAUGCUCAUGUCCAAAAACAGAAGAUACACAUCGUCACAGUUGUACAAAGAUUUAUCUGAUAGCUUCAAAUAUCUUGAUAGCCUUGUAAUGAAUGGUACUAUUGGUGGUUACGGUGUAUGCUCAAACACAAUGGCAUUUCCUACAGCAGCAGACCAUGUCUCUUUGAAAAGUGUUCUUGAAUCAUGUGCCAAUCCUUCUAAUUUUUUAGCUAUUCAAGUACCUUUUAAUCUAUAUGAAAGAGAAGCAAUUGUAUCGGACAACAAGAGUGUUGCAGAGAUUGCAAAAGAAAAAGACAUUUAUGUGAUGACAAACAGACCUUUAAAUGCCAUUGCCAAUGGUCAAAUUCGAGUACUUGUCAACCAUGAAUUAGGCGCUGAUGGAAAAGCACCAGCCGAGCAUGAAAUUAUGUCCAAAAUGCAAACAUCAUUUGAAAAAGUAGCUAGAUUAGAAUCAGAUGUCAUGUCUGAAUUGCCUAUAGAAGAGGAAGCAUUGACAGCCAAAUUUGUAUGGGGACAAGUCUUGUCUGAAAACUUGGCUCGUUUAGCACAAAAUCAUUUUGCAACAAGACAUUAUCUCACUCAACAAGUAUUGCCUGUACUUGACAAAGACUUAAAAGAGCUUAGAGACUAUGCUACUCAAUUAGACACAGAAGAAGAAGUAGCAGCUUAUGAACACUGGAUCGAAAAUUAUAGAGAGUGUGUUCAUAAUCUAUCACAUGACAUUGUCAAUUAUGCAUACAUUGAUACCCUACGCAAAAAUAAUGAAUUAGACCGCAUUUUAAGUGCUUUAUGCCCAAGUUUGAAUACAAUGCCACAGGAUGCUUAUUCGCCUAUCUCGAUAAAAGCACUGAGAUUCAUGCUGUCUCAUCAACAAGUAGGUACAGUGUUCCAUGGUAUGAGAGACCCUCUUUAUGUCAAGGAUGCUCUUUUUGCUGCUCAACAAGAACCCAUAAAUCAAGAAGAUAUAGAUGAUGUGUGGACAUGUCCUAUUUUCAAUUAA